AUGGGAGGCACAGUCGCUUCAAAGCUGAACACUCCCACCACAAGUCAAUCAAUCCAUCGCCAGAGUCAGUUCCCUCUUCCACAUACGGACAGCACCACGCCCAAACUACUUCUUCAAGUUUCUCUCGCUCUUUCCAAGAUAGUUAACUUCCCCCGCCUCUCCACCCUCCCCCUUGUGGCUUUGGGAGUCCUCACCUCCCAGGUCACCGCAGAACCUGCCGUUGCCGAAGUGGCCGAAGUCACCACCCGCUUCUGGUUCUCCGAAUGGGUAGACUCCAUCAUCGCUGACCCGUCCACCGCUCUGUCUCCUCAGGAAGCCGUGCAGGCGUAUCUUGAUACCGCAAAUGCUACUUUGCCGGCUACUUCUGGUGCCGAGAAGCGCGGUUGGGAUGCCCAAGUAAUUUGUGAUGCAAAUGAUGGUAGAGACAGAGUUAAGGUCGCCGACGCCGUCUUUUGCAUCAACUACCAUGCCGGCGCGGGCCAAGUGGCGUGCCCCGGUCGGCUGAUAACCAAUGGGCCCUGGCCCCAAAGGGUCUGGUGCAAUUGGCAUGGCGCGUUGUUUUGGCCGGACAAUAAUGAUGUUAGCACGUAUCCUACUUGCCAGGCCAUUGCCCAGAUGUACGGGGUCAUUAUGGACACAUGCACCACGCCUGAUGGGACGGUGGGGGGUUAUAGGUUGAAGGACCUGACGGGUACUAAGACCGGGGGCUAUCUUGGCUACACGCACUUUUCAUUCUAAGUCAAUCGUUGAACGCGACCCUUCGGUUUCUACCUGUAGGUUGGCUCGGUAAGCCGGACGGGACGGUAGAGGGAUAUCGUCAGACGACUCUGAACGGGAUCAACAACGGUGUUUGAAUUGGUAGCAACCAAGGCCUCAAAUAAGGUCGGACAUUUUAUACCCGGAGCUCACUUUGCG